CUGUCGCCGCCAAAAUAUCGGAUGUACAUACGCAUAACCGUCGUCGAAUAGGGUAGAGGUUCAUUCGCUGUUUGGUAUUGCGAGGAGAAGCAUCGUUCAUUGUUCGCGUUUAAAAGUUUUAAGAAAAUUCAUUAAAAGAUGUCUGGACGCGGUAAAGGUGGAAAGGCUAAGGGAAAGGCGAAGACCCGCAGUAGUAGGGCAGGGCUGCAAUUCCCUGUCGGAAGAAUCCAUCGUCUUUUGAGAAAAGGAAAUUAUGCAGAACGAGUUGGAGCUGGAGCUCCUGUGUAUUUGGCUGCUGUAAUGGAAUAUUUGGCGGCUGAGGUACUCGAGUUAGCCGGGAACGCCGCAAGAGACAACAAGAAGACGAGGAUAAUUCCACGUCAUUUGCAAUUAGCUAUUCGCAAUGACGAGGAAUUGAAUAAAUUACUCUCUGGUGUAACGAUUGCUCAAGGUGGUGUCCUGCCUAACAUUCAAGCAGUACUUUUGCCGAAGAAAACUGGUACUGGUGGAUCUGGAAAAGGAGACAAAGCAUCCCAGGAAUAUUAAUAAUCUUUAGAAUAAUAUUUCUAACUUAACAAUACUUUAGGGCUAUACCUUUGUUUUUUGAGCUAUUAAAAAAAAAAAAAAAAAAAAA